GCAAACAUGGCGUCCAGCACAGCGGAAAGUAAGAAAUAUGCCCCGGUCAACGUUUAUUCUUACGGCAGGGUCCAGCAGACAUCUCCCGCCGAUCGAACAAGAAUGACCUUCUGCUCCGAUCUCGACAAAUCAGUUCUGAUCAGCAACUUCGAGAAGAGGAACUGGGCCCAAGUGGGUCCGGAUGACGACUGGAAUUUUUACUGGGCUGGCACUCAGAGUUGCAGAAGUCUCUUCAGUGUCGACAGUGGCUAUCGCAUGAACGACAACCAGAUGAUCAACCACUUCCCGAACCACUACGAGCUGUCGCGAAAGGACCUGCUGGUGAAGAACAUCAAGCGCUACCGCAAGGAGCUGGAGCGGGAGAAGGACCCCCUGGCGGACCGGGGCGGCAGCGGCGGCCGCUACCUCUUCUUGGACUUUGUGCCCGUCACGUUCGUGCUGCCCGCCGAUUACAACAUGUUCGUGGAGGAGUACCGCAAGAACCCGCAGAGCACGUGGAUCAUGAAGCCGUGCGGCAAGUCGCAAGGCGCAGGUAUCUUCCUCAUCAACAAGCUGUCCAAGCUCAAGAGGUGGUCCCGGGAGAGCAAGACGCCCUUCAACCCCACCCUCGUCAAAGAGUCGUACGUCAUAUCAAGGUACAUCGACAACCCGCUGCUGAUAGGCGGCAAGAAGUUCGACCUGCGGAUGUACGUGCUGGUGACGUCGUUCAGGCCCCUGAAGGCCUACCUGUUCAAGUUGGGCUUCUGCCGCUUCUGCACCGUCAAGUACGACACGAGCAUCCAGGAGCUAGACAACAUGUAUGUCCACCUAACCAACGUGUCCGUCCAGAAGCACGGGGGCGAGUACAACUGCAUGCACGGCGGCAAGCUGAGCAUGCAGAACCUGAGGCUGUUCCUGGAGAGCACCCGCGGCAAGGAGGUCACAGAGAAGCUGUUCGCCAGCAUCUCGUGGCUCAUCGUGCACUCGCUCAAGGCCGUGGCGCCCGUCAUGGCCAACGACCGACACUGCUUCGAGUGCUACGGCUACGACAUCAUCAUUGACGACCGCCUCAAGCCCUGGCUCGUCGAGGUGAAUGCCUCUCCUUCGCUGACGUCGACCACUGUGAACGACCGCAUCCUCAAGUACAAGCUCAUUGACAAUAUACUGUCUGUCGUGCUGCCUCCGGACGGCGUGCCAGACGUGCGGUGGAACAAGAUACCGCCCGCUGACGCCCUCGGGAACUUCGAGCUGCUAUUGGACGAAGAGCUGGCCUAUCAGGACUCGCACGGGGGGACGUCAGCUUCCGGCCACGCGGAGGGCAGGGGCCCGACCUACCGCUGGAAGUGACGCGUCAACGGCCGGAAUUUUGGGAAAUUUUUGUGCAAUGGGAGUACACUUGGUGUAAGCUUUUGGACAUACAUCAUUGCUAAGCACAUGUAUGUCUGUAGAAGAAAACUACAAAAAAAAAACCAAAAGACAAAAACACAAAUUAAUCAAAAAAGUUUUGUCGUGUUUUUUGUCUCGUUUCAACAAUUGUGCUGAAUUUUUUGUUGGGUUCAAUAUGUUUUGUUCUGACAUCAUUUGUGGGGUUUUUUCGUUCUCUGAGUCCAUUUUUCUUUAUUUUUUCUUUGUUUGCUGACCAUAUUCCUGUUAUAGAAUAUUAUGUGGUGUUUAUAUCCUGUUGACAACAGAAAUUUUUUUUUGCUUAAUUAGUGUUUUUGUCUUUUUUUUUUUUUUGUAGUUUUCUUCUACAGACAUACAUGUGCUUAGCAAUGGCGUAUGUCCAAAAGCUUACAUCAAGUCGAAAUUUGGGAAAUACUGCGUCAUCGUGAAGUCAUCCGAAACCAUGCACAGAUAUGUGUAAGGUUGGUGUCAAGAUUUAAAAAAAGAAAAGAACGAUGACAGGAACAUUAGGUUGUCUGCGCACAAAAUUCGACGGAAAUGUUUUCGAUCCCACAGACUUGAACACAUCGCACAGAAACAGUAGUGGUACGUGCCUUUCGCCACAUAUGGCAGCACCGUGGUUACGCAUUUCCUUUCCAAUCCCGAAGUUACUCCCACAGAGAUCUACACAUCAAUAAAGGCUGGAUUCCGUUGUCUCUGUCCGUCAUCUGUCCGUUUGGUCAUUCUUUCGUCCGUCAACGCCACAUAGCCAGACAAGCUAUUUUGCAACCCUGACUUUGUCCGCCCGUCAAAAUAUUUUCCUAAAUAAGUGCUAACAAUCCAUGUUUUUCUAGUAAAUUUAUGUAGAUGUUUCUUGCUAUUUGUGUCAUGUUUAUGAAUGUGUGGUAUUUACAUUCCCUAGAAAUGUAAAUAGAAUUAAUAAGCUCAUCACCAUGCUGGGGGGGGGGGGGGGGGGGGGGGCUCCUCUUGCGUUUGCGAAAUGGUGACUGUGAAAUGGGGUCAAAACUAUGUUUCACAGAAAACUUUCUGUGUAUGUCAAAGUUUUCUGCUCACUGCACACAUGUAGACCAAUAUACAAGAGUUUGUGAAAAUGUCUGUAAGUAAAAAACAAAAAAAAAUGGUA